GCGUGGAACGGAAGUCCUUACUAAUUUACGUUUACUUGACUGGUGGGCUUGUAGACGGGCUAAUUACAGCGAUGUUGUAGUCUAUGAAAGGCUACUUAAGUAUCAGUUGGUGGAGUGCCCAAGCUUAUGGCCCCCCGUCUAAAAGUGGAGUUUUCUGAUUCACCAAUGGAAUUUCACAAAUAAGUGCUUGCUCUAUAUAUAGUGAUAGUGAUAAUUACUUUCUAUAUAGUCAAGGAGCAUGUCUCAUCAGCAUGGGAUGACUGGUCAGCGACUCUAUGGCUGUCACUGUUUUUGCUGAAACGUUCUUUGUGAAAGAAGUAGCGUAAACUAUAGCUUACAGAAUCUACAUUCACUUUUUCUGCCUUCACAUCAGCAAAGUCACAUAGCCAUGGGCUAUUGUUCAAGUUCGAGGAAGAUUUCACGCAAGAGCAAGUACGUCAUACUGCUGAUUCUUGUGCUGUCAGUACUGGCAUGGAUAGCAAUAUUUUCAAGAGAGAUGGUGAAACCGCUGGUGAUGUAACUUUUAAUCGUGCCAAGUUACUAAAUAUUGGAUACCUGGAGGCACUAAAAGACUACAACUGGGAUUGCUUCAUCUUCCAUGAUGUGGACCUGGUACCUGAAAAUGAUCAUAAUUUAUAUGUUUGUGACACGCAGCCCAAACACUUGGUGGUUGGCCGCAAUGUAACGGGAUACAGGCUGCGUUAUAAAGGCUACUUUGGAGGAGUCACUGCCUUAAGCAGAGACCAGUUUUUUAAAGUGAAUGGGUUUUCAAAUGCAUACUGGGGCUGGGGUGGAGAAGAUGAUGACCUUCGCAUCAGGGUUGAGCUACAGAAAAUGAAGAUCGUUCGGCCGCCCGCUGACGUAGCUCGCUACACGAUGGUGUUUCACAAACGAGACAGUGGCAAUGAAGUAAACCGGGACAGGAUGAGGUUGUUGGGUCGAACACCACAGUCAUGGAGGAAAGAUGGACUCAACAGCUGCUCAUAUAAGACUUUAUCAGUUGAGAGGAUGCCUCUCUAUGUGAAUGUUACUGUGGACAUUGGCAAGCCAUUAAGUUGAAGUCUUAAAUAGAAAGCCUUCCUGUGACCAAAAAUACUUUGCUAUAUUUACAGAUACCAGAGUGCAGGAAAACUGCUACACAUGCAGAAGACAAUAUGUUGAGCAUGCAAAAUGCACAUUGUUUUGAUUUAGUUUAAAUACUAGAAUCAAAUUAAACCAGCAGCUGCAUUCAGAGUUAGCUGAAACAUUUGAGUUACGUCCAAUCUUCAUGGUGUUACCAGCAUGCAAAAAAACCAAAAGAUUUUUCUGACAAGGAAAGUUUAGCUUUUGUCAGAAAAGUAUCCAAAUCCCUCAUUUGAAAUUGUCUAAAGCAUUAAAAAGUCAUAUAUGAUAGUUAAAAUCAGUGCCCAUUUUUCUUUCUCCAUUUAAAUAAUCUUUGUGCCUUACAAUGGCUAACUACACAUUUUCCUCAUCAACCUUUAUGAGCUUAUCUACUAUAAAUAUGCAACUUAGUCCCGACCCCGGCAUUUCACAGUUGGCUGCUAGGUUGGCAGUUGGCUAACUCUUGAUUUAUGAGCAUUCCUCAACUCUGCUCUUGUGAGAGACCCGACUCGGGUCCACACCUCUACAGUCUGUCAAGUUAAGAAGCAGAGUAAAAACAAAUGCUUAGGGGAGAGAAAAUAUCAUGGCGGACAUCAGUAUUGACAGUGCCAGGAGCACACUGGAUAACUGCUUGGUUCUGGUAAAACUAAACUGUGUAGAUGGAUUUACAGUCAUUGAUAUUUAUUACACAUUUAUUACAUGUAAUAAGUUCCCAUCAAUUCGAGGAACACUGUCUUCACCUGUCUGGCCUACCCUCUGCUUUAUCCGUGUCUCUGUAAUACAAGCCGAGCUCAGCAGAGACACAUACACAGUGCAGCAGUGGAGAGGAGGAGUGCAAGUAAAGUAAACCACAGAAAACAAACUGAUGGCUUAUAAUGUGCUGCUACUGCUGGAUAAACCUCUUCUUAUCUGCAGCUCUGCCUCACCCUACCUGGCAAUUUCAAAUAUUUUGAUAGGGCUUCAGCUGCCAAACAUUGAUUAAUUUACGCUCCUGCCUUAACAUUUGUUAACAGAGUGUAUCUUGUGUUUUUAUUAUGAGUGCAAUAUCAUAUAACUCUUCCUACAGUUACAGUUUGGCAGUUACGAUUGUUAUGAUUUUUUUUUUUUGACAUGCAUCUCAAUCUAACACCUCUUAGAUGUUUGCUUCCGUUUUUCCACUCCACUAACCCAGCACGUCACAGUAUAUUUCCCCCCAGCUUUAACUUUAACUUGAGCAACUGGCUCAUGAGUCAGAUAACUGAGAAGACAUCUGACACAGUUAGUGUUCAAGUCUGAUAGCGGUUGAUUAUUGGAUUAUGAAUGUAAUGUGCACUAAAGCUGUAUUAUUAAUUUUGAUACAUCCCCAAAUUACAAACUAGCUUAAAUUACUACUUAAAAAGUCAUUUAAAUACAAAAGCACAAAGUGCCUAAUAAACAGCACACAUUUAAAUCAUCAUUUAGUUGUUUAUAGAUAAAUUACACCUGUAUUUAUGGGAUUCAACACUUGGUUUCUCACUUUUCUAGCAAAAACAAGGACAUGUUUGGAAUGUUAGUAAAAUCACAGUAAUCAUAGUAAUGAUGCUAUCUAAGGUCUUCCUUAUUCUAAAUUUGGCAGCAGUAUUCUAGCGUUUGUAUGCUUUUUAUGCUUGCUUUGUUCAGUGAGUGGUAAACAACAACUUUAAGUUCAGCAU